UAUAUCACAAUUUGGCUGAUCCCAAUUGAUAUUCAUUAUCCAUUCAUUCGAUCAUCAGUAUCAUUAUCAUUGACAAUUUUUUUUCUGUUUGUUUGUUUGGUUAGUGAUUUCAAUUUGAUCUGAUUCUGAUUAUACAUACUCAUCUGUCAUUGACCAUCAACACAAUGAAGUUUGUAUAUUGUUUCUGUGCUGUUCUUAUGAUUGGCCUUUCUUCGGCCGCACCAAUUGCUGAACCAAAUACUGUGGAUAAAGUUUCUGAACCAAAAGAUAGUUUAAUGACUGGAUCAACAUCGAUUGAAAUCAAAGAAGGAAAACCUAUUGUUACACUUGAACAAAGAAGUGAUGUUAUCAUUCCAAAUGAUUCAUCAGUUGAAGCAAAAAAAGUCGAAAUUGUACCACCAGUCGAAAAUGUUCCUAAAGUUUCCGAUGCAUCCGCCAUCAUUCCAAUUGUUCCUGUUUUAGCAAGUAAUAUUGUUGCUGAUCCUGUUCAAGUGGAUAAAAUCGCUGAAACAUCAGUCGAUUCAUCAAUGAAAGUUGAAGUUGCAAUGCCCGAAAAACCAGUCGAACAACCAUCAUCGGUUAUUGCUGAAGAAAUUGUACCAAAAGUUGAAAAAGUUGAAUCAGUUCCAGUUCAACCGAUUGUUCCAGAAAUCGUCAAACCAGCUGAACCAGUAGAGGAAACAAAAUCUGUUCCAGUUCAAGAACCAGUUUCGGUAGAAAAUCAACCAAAAGUUGAAUCAGCACCGGUAGAAAUUGUUAGUGAAAAAAUUGCACAACCAGUCCCAGAAAAAGUAAUUGAAUCAAGAAGUUUAAAAGAAAUUGAUGUUCCAUCACCAGUUGAAUCAGUUCAGCCAGUAAUUGCAGAAAAAGUUGAAUCAGUUCCAAUACCUGUCGAAUCAGUACCAGUUGUAUCAUCAAUCGAAUCACAACCAAUUGUUGCAGAUAAAGUUGAAACAGUACCAUCACCGGUGGAAAAAUCCGUUGAAGUUCAACCAUCAGUCGAAGCUGAUAAAAUGGAAAGCCCAGUAACGAUUACUUCUGAACGAUCAAUCGAAUCACAACCAGCUGCAUCGGAUAUGGUCGAAAGUCCAGUAUCGGAAAAAAUUGAAUCUUCUGUUCCGGUAGAAAAAUCAAUCGAAUCUCAGCCAGUAAUUUCAGAAAAAGUUGAAAAUCCUAUCCCAGUUUCCUCAGUCCAAAAUGAAAUAUCUGUAGAAUCGCAACCGAUUCCAGUUCCAUCGGUACCAGUUGAAACACCAGUCGAAUCUCAACCAAUCCGACCUGAAAAUGUUGAAAAUUCAAUGCCAGUGGCAUCAAUUUCAGCUGAAACUCCUGUUGAAUCACAACCAGUAAUCGCUGAAAAAGCCAGCGAUGUACCAGUUCAAAAUGUACCAACAAUUGUUGUUUCUGAAUCACAACCAAAUAUUAGUCCACCAAUUGUUGAACCAGUUAUCACUGAUGUUAAACCAAUACCAGAAAUUCCUUUAAUUCAGGAAACACCAAUCGUAGUCGAACCAAAACCAGUUGUUAUUAUUCCACAAGAACCAUCAGUAGCACCAAUUGUUGUACCAGAACAAUCUGAAAAUACAAUUGUAGCUAAACCAAUGGAAAUAGCUGAAGUAAUUGCACCCGAACCAAUGAUUGAAUCAAUCAAACCACAAAUGACAUCGGUUGAUAUUGCAACAACAAAUAAUCAGCCAAUAAUUUCGGCUGAACCAAAUCAAAUUUAAUUUUUUUUUUAUUUACAUUUUCAAAACCUACAAUUUUACAAAUUUUUCAUUUACAAAUGCUCAAAUUUUUCACUUUUAUCAAGUU